CAACCCGGGCUCCCGCCCCGCCCGUCCCGCUCGCCCGCUCGUCGGUGCCCGCGGCGGCGGCGGCGGCGGCGGCUACCCAGUGACAGCGGCGGCGGCACCAGGCCGGCCGGAGUAGCGUAGGGUGGUGGGGCCCGGAGACACACACCCGGCCAAAGGGCGGCGUGCCUCGAGGAAGGCCCGCCGGGUCGCGCCUGAGGAGACCUCGCGGGCGCCGGGCGAGAGGCCGGCGUGAGGGAGCUCCCGCCCAGGCGGUGGCCGCCGGCGGCCCGGUCCCGCCUGCCGCCGCCGGCAUGAGCCACAUUCAGAUCCCGCCCGGGCUCACGGAGCUGCUGCAGGGCUACACCGUGGAGGUGCUGCGGCAGCGGCCACCAGACCUCGUCGACUUCGCGGUGGACUACUUCACCCGCCUGCGCGAGGCCCGCUCCAGAGCCUCCACCCCGCCCGCCGCCCCUCCUUCCGGCUCCCAGGAUUUCGAUCCCGGCGCUGGCCUGGUCGCCGACGCGGUGGCGGACAGCGAGUCGGAGGACGAAGAGGACUUGGACGUUCCAAUUCCUGGCAGAUUUGAUCGGCGAGUAUCAGUCUGUGCUGAGACCUAUAACCCUGAUGAGGAAGAGGAAGAUACUGAUCCAAGGGUGAUUCAUCCUAAAACAGAUCAACAGCGGUGCAGACUUCAGGAAGCUUGCAAAGAUAUUCUUCUCUUCAAAAAUCUUGAUCCGGAACAGCUAUCCCAAGUCCUUGAUGCCAUGUUUGAAAGGACGGUCAAAGUUGAUGAGCAUGUCAUUGACCAAGGAGAUGAUGGAGACAACUUUUAUGUCAUUGAACGGGGAACCUAUGAUAUUUUAGUAACAAAAGGUAAUCAAACCCGCUCCGUUGGUCAGUAUGACAACCAUGGAAGUUUUGGAGAACUAGCUCUGAUGUACAAUACCCCGAGAGCUGCUACCAUUGUCGCCACUUCAGAAGGCUCCCUUUGGGGACUGGACCGUGUGACAUUUAGAAGGAUCAUAGUGAAAAACAAUGCAAAAAAGAGGAAGAUGUUUGAAUCAUUUAUUGAAUCUGUGCCGCUUCUUAAAUCACUAGAGGUGUCAGAACGAAUGAAGAUCGUGGAUGUAAUAGGAGAAAAGGUCUAUAAGGAUGGAGAGCGCAUAAUCACUCAGGGUGAAAAGGCUGAUAGCUUUUACAUUAUAGAGUCUGGUGAAGUGAGCAUCUUGAUCAAAAGCAAGACUAAAGUCAACAAGGAUGGUGAGAACCAGGAGGUCGAGAUUGCGCGCUGCCACAAGGGGCAGUACUUUGGAGAGCUUGCACUGGUCACCAACAAACCCAGAGCUGCUUCAGCUUAUGCAGUGGGAGAUGUGAAAUGCUUAGUUAUGGAUGUGCAAGCGUUCGAGAGGCUGCUGGGGCCCUGCAUGGACAUCAUGAAGAGGAACAUCUCGCACUACGAGGAACAGCUGGUGAAGAUGUUUGGCUCCAGCAUGGAUCUGAUCGAUCCCGGGCAGUAGGUGUGCCACACCCCAGAGCCUUCUCAGUGUGACACAGAAACUUCCGGUCAGCCACAGAACACAAACAGAAGACAUGACAGAACCGUUCCUGCUGUUGCCACCGCCGCUGCCAUUGCCAUGGCCGUGGGCACUUAGAAAACGUGAAAGUCAGCACUAAAGGAUGGGAGAGGUUCAACCCACACCUCCACUUCGCUUCUGAAAGCCCAUUGUUAGACCACUCGUCACGAUCACUCCGACCCAGUCUUCACAUCUUUGGUUCCAAAUGGCAUGUCUCUCCAACAAUUUAAGUGCCUGAUACAAAGUCCAAAGUGUAAACAUCUUCCUUUCCUCUCUUGCUGCUACUCUGGCUUUUGAAAGUUACCACAGGUUGGCACAAACCUGUGGUGUAACUGUAGACACCCUCCCCCAACCUCUGUCUAGGAGGGACAUGUUGUAGCCUUCCGUCUCCUCAUCUGUCUUUGGAGAAAGUCCACAUUUGUUCUCAAUUGUAGCCUUUGGUUUUACCGUUGAAAAUGGUGGCAGAUGUGAUGGAGGUCUGUGGGCCUGUGGCGCUGUACUGUCUGCUGGCAGUGGCACAUGACAGCUGUCCCCCAGUUCUCAGUGAUGCUUAGGGAGAGGCCCUGCCCAGGGCCCAGCAGGUCAGCACCCCAGAGCUCACCCAUCGGGCAUCAGAAUCCACGUUAGAGCAGAAAACUGGGGUUUGGCACUUUCUUCCGGUAGCAGAGAGCCAGGGAAGGUUUUCUGGGUUCGGGGGUGUAUUUUCUUUUGUUUUAGUACAUUUCUUUUCGUUUUGUUUAAUCUCUGUGCAGUGUGCGUGAGUGGAUUGCUAUCCAUCUAUAAGGAGCCGGGGUCUGGGAGUGCCAUUGCUCUGUCUGACCUAAUUAUGUUCCUGGGCCACUCCUGCCUGUCUUGUUUCUGGUCGCUUCUACCAGCUGAUGGCAGUGUGCUGACAGAGACCUUCUCUUCUACUCCAGAGUGGUUACAUAGCUUUGCUGUUGAACCAUCAAUUUUUAAACUCUUUAAAGAAAAAGCAGCUAUCUUUGUGGAAAAAAAAAAUUUUUCCCUCUAUUUAGAGAAUUCCCCUUGCACGUACUCCUUUAUAUCACUUUGUCAGCUGACUCAAGCAUUCAUCCUAAAGAUCAACUCUUUUUGUUAGUUUAAAAAAAAUUGGUAUCAUGUACAAUUUCAUAAGAUUACUUCAAAGACCUUUCUAAUUAAGAUGUUGGGAUUUUGGGGUUCCAGUUGUUAAUCCCACAGGAAAGUAGCUUAGCUUUUUUUUAACCUUUUGAUUAUAUCAGGUAGAGUUCUGAUGAAUUAUCAUAAUUAACUAGAUAUACUUCAGAAUGAAAUUUUUUUUCUUCAGAAUGACCUAGAAUCAGAUGUUACAAGAGAUCCUAAGAGCAGUGUGACACUUACCUAAAGAUAAAUUUGGAUGUCAUAGCCACGUUUAUAUUAAAUCAAGAGGCCCUUUCUGAUAUGAAUUUUUUUAAACUUGUAUAUCUCAGUGAACCCCUGGGAGAUUGACAUUCUGGGGCUGGAGUCAUCCCUGUUACAGACAUACGGUCCCUGUGUGAGCACCCUGUUGGAGCCCGUGCAGUCACAAUUGCCCUCUUAAACCAGGCUGUCUGCUUUUGCCACAGACAGUAUAGUUGAGAGAUUUUUAUAGUGGUGACUCGUCAUCGCCUUGCUCAGAUCUCCCUUUUCCUUGUUCUCCAUGAAGUGAAAGCAGAAAGACUCUCAGUUGGUAGCCUGCGUUGCAGCUCUAAGAAUUGGGAAAGGUUGUAACUAAUACUCCAAAACUGGCAGCUAGCACUGGGAAAGCCUGUGUGGUUUUCCCCAUGAUUUUCCAAGGUUCUUCUUUUGUAUGGCAUUGCUUUAUUAUCACAUAAAUUAAGAAAGCAGACAUUGCACUUUAGUAGACAAGAGCCAUACCUCUCACGCAGGUAACAGGUACUUUGGGCUUCAGGAGUGAUGCAGAGAUCUCGCCCCAGACUGUGUAAGGACUCUGUGUGAACACACGCCCCCUUACACCCCCCACCCUAUCCCCAUGCCAGCAUUAGUUAGGGCCAGCUGUGAAUUCCUAGCCAGUCACUCCUGCAGGCUGCUAGGGGUAGGACUUCUCAUCCUGCCCUCUUUCACAUCCCAGUUCAGUCUUCCCCUUCAUAGAAGCUCUGUGACACCCCCAGUGUACUGACAGUUUCUGUUUUACAAAGUAGAAUUCAUCAGGUUUCAGUCUUCCUGCUCUAACUGCGGAUUGACAUAUGGAUCAUCAGUGCAGACUCUCACUGCCUAUAGGGCCCCUUGAGGGUCUGGCUUGAGGGAGGGAGUCAAGGGACCAGUGUGAGUGAAAAGGACACAGCUGUUACCAAGGCUUCAGGAGCCUGACGGUGUUCCAGUUUCUCCUUACAGCGUGGGGAGUGGAAGGCAGCAGGCCAGGUUCGACUCUGGACUCUGCUGUCCACACUGUGCUAUGCAAGCUCUGCGCUGAGAGCUGAGCCUCACAGGGAGGAGCAUCUAUUGGGAAGAGCUCUUUCUGAUCGUUGUUUUAUAUCGUUCUCUCCUCGGAUGGGUUAGAGCUUCAUGCCCUCCGUUCUGACUUUGCUGUUGAUUUUGCAUGGUGGAGGUUGUUCCUGAGAGCCUUGAGGUCUAACCUGCAGUAUUAUUUUUCUCACUGGCCCCACUUUAUCACACCCCCCGCCUUCUUCUUUUGGUUGUAUUCUCUGAAGGAAGGGUUCAUCUGCCCUGUCCUCUCAAUCCGUCAUUCUUAUAUAUAAAUGUGUCAUGUAUGAUUGCAGUAGAUUCUCAGAAAUCAGGGUGGAGCUUUUCUUUGAACGGUUUAAUGAGUGAAUUCAGCAGCGAAGUGUCAAGAGAUGAUUCUCCAGCCAGGAGAGGUACUGUUCAUCCUCGUACUGCCCAGAGUCUUAGUCACAAUGGUCAGUGAGGUGCCCCUGGACACACAGCAUCUCCAUGUCCUGUCAUAGUGUACAAACAAUCCUCUCAUUUACAGAAAUUAAAAGAGCAUUUUUGCACAGAGCAAAAGGAAAAAGACCCAUGAAUGUCAUCUUUUAUAUUUUGUUUUCAGUUGGCCAAUGUUGGAAUUUUUGUUCUUGACAUGCACUUGUAAACCAAUCUCGCCAAGAUACAAGUUGUUUUGGCUUUUCACUACAAUUACCUCUUGUUCCUCCUGUCUUGACUGCUGACGUUGCUCAAUGAUUCUAAUGUCUAUUUUAUGGGAAGCAGCCUUCCCAUGGGUUUCCUUUUACACACUGCAGGGCUAUCUUUAUACUUCAAGAAAUAAAAAAAAAAGGAGAAAACUGUCACCAAACUCAUGGGGGAUUUGCAGAAAACCAUUUAGGCCACCUUGAGUGAAACGUAGAUUCCUCGUUGUUUUCCUGAGCUCAUUGUAGUAAAAGAAAUCUAAUUCAGCAUUAUUGUGCUACCUCAAAGGUAAAAAUGUUGUAAGGUCUUUUUGGUCCUGAGUUCUACACAUAGUGUUUGAAAUGUCUUUCAAUUGGAAUUAUUUUUAAAUCAUGGGGGAGAAUCUUGUUUUAACCUGUUUUACACUUGUAUUUUAAUCUCUGAACAACAAGUGAUUAGAAAGUAAUCAAUUCUUGCUCUGUGGUAUUGAACAUAUAGUUAAAAUCAUUGUUUGCCAUAAAAAAGGUUGGGUUUUUUAAAAGGAAACUCUAGGGCUCGGCUUUGCUCUUGGUUAAUAAAGGCUGACAAAUCAUGUCUGAA